CCCUGUCUCUCCGCUCCCUACUUCUCUCCGUGUUCUGACAGGGGCUGAUAUUGUUUGUAGAGACCGAUGUCAGGUGUAAUUAGCAAUCGAUAUGGAAAAAACGUUUCUCUCUCUCUCCGCAGCUCUCCCUUUCUCACCUCCUCCACUUCUCUCUCACACACGAACCACAGCCGCGCCUCUGACGUCACCAACCGAUUAGCGUUUCUUAUUGGUCCCAAACUCCCUGAGCCGUGCAAGGCCUAAUUAGGGGGGCAGGAGAAGAGAGGAGGAGGAGGCGGCAGAGGAGGAGGGUUUGAUGUCUGCUAGUAAAAGAGUAAAAAACCCUUGUCUGGGUCUGCCGGUUUCUAUCUAGCAACAACUACAGUCGUGCUGUCCUGUGCUCCGUUGGUGUCCGUCUCGCUGUCCUCCCGCCUCUCUCUUUUCAUCCCCCUCUCCUCUUCCCCGCAACUCUGCAUGUUCACCUACACUCCCUCCCUCAGACACCUCACUUCGGCCCCGUCACCGCCCGGGCCAGUAGCAUGGACAGCCGGAUACUCGAGCACCCCCACGCCCAGUUCGGAGGCUCCCUGGGCGGCAUGGUCGGGGUUGGCUUCCCCUACCACCACAUUGGGCACCACCACGUCUACGAGCUCGCUGGCCACCAGCUGCACUCCACGGCCGCCGUACCAUUCUCCAUAGACGGAUUACUGAACGGAUCCUGCUCUGCCUCGGUGGUAAAUGGUUCCGGGCCGCUACUCUCGCCUGGCUGCGGAAUUAACGGAGAAAACCAGUAUAAACUCUCAGAUUCGGGGGACCCGGAUAAGGACAGUCCCGGUUGCAAACGGAGGCGCACGCGAACCAAUUUCACCGGUUGGCAACUCGAGGAGCUGGAGAAAGCGUUUAAUGAGAGCCACUACCCCGACGUGUUCAUGCGCGAAGCUCUAGCGCUACGCCUCGACCUCGUGGAGUCCCGUGUCCAGGUUUGGUUCCAAAACCGGCGUGCGAAAUGGAGGAAAAAAGAGAACACGAAGAAAGGCCCCGGGCGGCCCGCACACAACUCCCAUCCCACGACGUGCAGCGGAGAGCCCAUGGACCCAGAGGAGAUCGCAAGGCGCGAGCUGGAGCGCGCGGAGAAGAAAAAACGGAAACAGGAACGGAAGCUUCUGAAAUCUCAGAACAAGCUCCUGUCCGGCGACCUGUUCCACACGCCCGGCGGUUCAGACAGUGACAGCGGGGUGUCCCAGAUCACAGACAACGAGCAGCAGCCUUUAUCCAACUGUAAUGGAAGUGUUCAUUCCGAACCAGGAGGACGAAACCAACACCACCACCAAACCGAACCAGCCAGCUGUGACCAAACUCAAACCCGUCCCCGCUUAGGUAUCCUCCAGAACCAGCAACAUGACCACCACAACCAAAGAACCGCAGGGGGGAUAGGAGUGGUACCGGGUGUCCAGGAGCAAGUGUCCCCGGGCAGCACGCAUGGUCCUGGGCUUGGCGGCUCCAGGGUCUUGGGCCUCCAGAAACUUAACCCCUUUAGCGUAGAGAGCCUUCUCUCCGAUGCCACCCCACGCCGGAAGCCGCAGCUGGACUACAGCUCGCUGCCCAAUCAGAGGCAGCUGAUAGGCAAGGGUCACUUCCUGUUGUACCCCAUUACCCAUCAGCCACUAGGCUUCAUAGUCCCUCAGACUGCCCUGAAAUCUGGGCCGUGUCAGGACAACAGCACUGACAAGGGGCCUAACCCGGGACAGAGAUGUGUGACAAGUGAAAACUGUGGCAGUGAGUCGACUGGUUUUCUAAAAACUCACAAUUCAGGUCAUUUGGGCCUAAACAAACACUAUAGCAACAACCACAAUCAUGUCGUUAACUGCGUGGAAGAACAGCGGGGGAGUAACCACAAGAACAACACCGGUCAAGAUUCGGAUUCCGUGCCACCUCCCCUGAGCUCCAUUUCCCUUCAAACGACUUUAACAAGAACUAGCUCAAACCAGUCCACAACGGGCUGUGAGGGUGACGAAGCGGGUUUACCGCAAGUGACGGACGUUAUCGGUUGUCAGAACGAGUCCACGAGAGAAGGCGCGUCGCCGGAGCCCUCUGAGUGUUCUGGCGGAGACCCAGAGUGUCACGCGGGGCGCGCGGAGCCAGGAACAGAUGGCGAGGACGUGGACAUGGACUAACACUUGGCAGCAGAAUUAUAUAAACAGAGACGGACUUAAUAUUACCAACCCUGCUCAGAUUCAGACUAGAUCUAAACAUUCCCAAAGCUACAAGACACCUUUUAAAACAUAUCAGACCGAACUAACACCCUUAUAUUUUUUAUAUAUAGUCUGAUGGAUUCAGACGGGCUACACGCUGUAGGCAUAGGCUACUACUUUAAAAAAUUGAAGUUCUAUGUUUAUUUCAAAAUUACAUGCUUGAGUUUUUUUGGGAUGUGUGCGAUUUAAUCCGUCAAAAAGGGAGAAGAGACAAAACAUCUCACACACAGCAGCAAAAAUCCUCAAACAUUGUAAAAAAAAAAAGAAAAAAAAAGAGAAA